AUGGCCAGCGCUCCGCUCAAGCACCUCAAGAUCAUGCCCAAGGAGGCCCACACCGCCACCGUCAUCUUCCUCCACGGACUCGGUGACAGCGGCCACGGAUGGCUCCCCGUCGCCAAGAUGCUGUGGCACUCGCUGCCCAACGUCAAGUGGGUGCUUCCUCACGCGCCCAGCAUCCCCAUCACCCUCAACGGCGGCAUGCGCAUGCCCGGCUGGUUUGACAUCUUCACGCUGGACCGCUCCGUCUCCCCGCGUCCCGAGGACGAGGCCGGCAUGCUCGCCGCCGUCGCUGCCGUCGACGCGCUCAUCCAGGCCGAGGUCGACGCCGGUAUCCCCGAGGACCGUAUUGUCCUUGGCGGCUUUUCGCAAGGUGGUGCCAUCUCGGCGCUGACUGCGUUGACGACGAAGCGCAAGCUUGGUGGUUACGUGUCGCUCUCGACGUGGGUGCCCCUCGCGCACAAGGUCGGCGACAUGGCAAACAAGGACGCAAAGGACGCAGCGUACUUCUGGGGCCAUGGAAAGGACGACCAGGUCGUGCAGUACAAGUACGGCGUCGAGUCGGUCGAGCUGCUCCAGAAGCUCGGCUUCACCCGCCUCCCGGCAGGAACGGCCUUUGCGCGCCCCGGUCUGCGCUUCGAGUCGUACCCGGGCAUGGGCCACUCGUCGUGCGACAAGGAGAUUGCCGACCUCCAGACCUGGCUCGCGGCUGCGCUCAAGUAG